AAUGGUAAUACAAGUUAAUUUCCGAUAGUGUCUAUAGAAUUUUAUAUAUUUCUGUAUUCUACAUAUUAAAGAAUCGCAACAAUAGGCAACAUAGGUAAUGUCAAAUUCAUCUCUGUGAUGAAAAAUAGACUAUAGUUACCACAUUAAAAAUAUCCAUCACCUUAGUGAUUACAUACUUGCACAGGAUUAGGGGAAACAAGACUACACACACCUUAUGGUAAGAGUUUACAGUUGCUCUCAAGCACGCACAAUACUAGAGGAAUUGUAGGAAACCAUUGAGACAUGUCGCACAAACAAAUGCCAUAUUCUCCCAAUUUUCCACAAAGUCAAGGUUAUGGUUCACCUCCAAAACAUGGUAAAACUGAGGAAAGUUAUCCACUGAAUCCUCAAGUUGGCUAUCCUGGGCCACCAUCAGGGCCUCCAGUUCCAAUGCCACAUCCUGGACCCAUGCUGCCACCUGGAGCUCAUCCACUGCCUGGUAUGCAGCCGGGUUUCCAGCCUGGUUUUCAACCUGGUUUUCAACCUGGGUUUCAACCAGGUUUCCAACCAGGGUUUGCUCCUGGUUACCCUCAUCCUCAGGCGCAACCGGGUUACCCAGCCCCAAUUGUUCAGCAACCAGCACCUCAAGGGGUUCCAGGUGGUUGGAUGGCUAUUCCUCAAGGCCUCAGCAACUGUCCGCCAGGCUUGGAAUAUCUGUCUUUGAUUGAUCAACUACUUGUGCGUCAGAAAGUGGAGCUUUUAGAGGCUUUUGUGGGAUUCGAAACGAACAAUAAGUACACAGUAAUGAAUAGUGUCGGGCAAAAGGUGUACUACGCGGUUGAAGAUAACGAUUGUUGUACUAGAAAUUGCUGUGGACCGAUGCGACCCUUCGACAUGAAAAUUUACGAUAAUUAUCGAAAUGAGGUGAUACACCUUCACCGUCCAUUAGCUUGUGAUUCGUGCUGGUGCCCGUGUUGGCUACAAAGUAUGGAAGUGACAGCGCCGCCUGGCACGGUCAUUGGCUCCAUUGAACAGGAGUGGUCCAUCUGCAAACCGUGUUACGUUAUCAAAAACGCAGUUGGCGAUGUUGUGCUUAGAAUUAAAGGACCCGUUUGCACCUUCUCUCUUUGCGGUGACGUCAAAUUUUAUGUUUACUCAAAAGAUGGCGAAACCAAAGUGGGAAAGAUAACAAAAAAAUGGUCGGGACUUGCCAGAGAGGCUUUCACAGAUUCGGAUUAUUUCGGCAUUUCCUUUCCAAUGGACUUGGACGUAAAAAUAAAGGCUGUCUUACUUGGAGCUUGCUUUUUAAUAGAUUUCAUGUUCUUUGAAAAAUCUGGUAAUCAAGAAUCUGAUGGUCCUGGAAUGCUGUAAAUGAAGUGCUCAGAAUAUAUAGAUCGUCCAAAUAAUAUUCCUACAUCCAGAUCUGUUAUUGUAACACACGGUUGAUGGCAUUUUUUGUAUUAUUUCAUUUUCUAAAAUAUUUUUAUUCGCAAUUAUAAGAGUAGAAAACUAUUUUUAUUUAAUUUUUCUUAGAGUAAAUUAUUUUUCUCUCUGAAGUGAACUAAAGUUCAUUUGUUUCUUACAAUAGAAAAUAUUCUCAUUAUUUUUAUUAACUUCAUAGUUAUGUGUAUAAUAUAAUAUAGUACAUAUACAUUUUAGACUUACUUGAAAUAAUAUAUUUUUCUAUAUACAGCUGUAAUUGCUAUCGGUUUAAAAGUUCCUUAUUCUAUAGCCGUAACUUCUUUUUUCUUGAAAUCUGUAUUUUGAUCUAAUUCAUCAUAGUGUAGUAGAAGGGAAUGCUGCUACAGUAAUCUGUGUAUAAAUAUGAGAGGCUAUGGCGACGCAAGUGAAUACAAUAACACCACAUUAGAUUACAGAUACACAAUGUCUCUGUUAUUAAGAAUCACAGUUUAUUUUAGUAUUUUUCACAACUAAGAAGUAUCUUAUUCGCCAUAGAAUAACGCCAUCUAAUGAGGUGAAAUAUAAAUUUGGAUUAUCUGUCUGGAUAUUGGAGGUUAGUAAUAAAGACAAUAUAUGAAUAUAUUUUGUAUUGUAUAAUCUCAUAAUUUUCUGGUUCAAGAUUUCCUUUAUUUACAAAUCAAUAUUAUUUUUUAUUGCACAAUAUAAACAAAUGUAACAUUUAUAACUUUUGAUAAUUUUAUAUGUACAUUAGUUAUAAGUUAGCAAACUAAGUGUGCUUAUUUUAGUCUUAAGGGAAUAAUAAUAUUGUUGAAGUUGAAAAUUAAGUUUAAAAUUGGUAUUUUCAUGGUUUAUAUAGUAUAAAAUACGCAGAUAUGGGUGUUAUUAUAAAAACUGUAUUAUUAUAGAAAUUGAGAUUAUUAUAGAAUGUAUAAAUUAUAAUUAUUCAUACUAUUAUGUAUGUAUUCUUAGAUAAUGGCCUAGAUCUGAAUAUUUAAACGCUUAAUCGGUCCAUAAAUACGUGAAAACUUCAUUUUAUUCAGUUUAAUUCUAGAAAGGGUUUUUAACUGGCAUUAAACUGAGAUUUACGUGCUCCGGCCUACAUAAAACAUAGAAAAAUAAACAUUUAAACUCAAAAUUACUUACUACAUUUUUUGUAAUAUAUGGUACAAAUUUUAACAUAUUACUUCGUCCAGCUUACUUGGACGUUUUAAUUGAUUUAAAGCGUAUCAAUCGCUGAGAAGUAUACAAACUCACUUUACUGUUUAGAAUAUUCAAUGCUAUCAUAACAAGCAAUAUAUUGUAUUUUCUUCUAGGCCCUAUAAAAUAUCUUCAAACAAUAUUUUUAAAGAAUCUCAUCAACAAAUUUAUUGUUGUGGUCUCAUUGAAUUUAAAUGUUUUUAUUUCAUUAGGUUGUCUUUGUUAUAACACUGCAUAUAAAGCUUCCUCUGAUUUCUAGUAGUCUAGAAGUUGUUAUUUUUUUCUCACAGUUCAUAUACUGUAUGCAUUUAAAUAGUUGCAAUUUUUAAAUGUGCUAUCAAUUUACUAUAUUAAUGUAAGGUCGACGUAUUCACAAGGUAUACCUACAAAUAUAUUUUUUUUAUAAUGUAUACUUGUCUACUCAAAUGCAAGAAGUUGUAAAAUUUUCAACAAGCUGUAGCAGCUAUAGCAACAAUUUAUAUUAUUAUUCCUAUAUAUUAUACUAAGAAUAAAAAAACCGUCUUUGGAACUUCUAUACAGAAUCCUAUUGUAAUAAUAGUAUUAUAAAAUGCUAUUAUAAAUGUAAUUAUUGUAGGUGUUAUAUAUAAAUUAAGCAGACACUUCACUCAAGGUUUAAUACGUGCCUGGUACAGUCGACUUCGUAAAUAUAUUAGGUGACUGUAAUUAAUUAACAAAAAACUAAAAUUCACUUUAAAAAGUCAUAGAUUACGUAGUUAGGUAUGUAGUAAUAAAAUUCGUAUUACUUUUAUAUAACUAGUUUUGCUGUAUUAUUAUUGUAAUUUUUUAAAAAUAAGUAAUAAUAUGAAUAUUUUGAUUUUGUGCAUAAUAUAGAAUUAAUAUCGCAUCUACAUUUUAUUCAGCAUUAUAGAUUGUGCAAGUUCAAUGUAGCCGACUGUACCAAUAUAAUUAUCCCUGAACUGGAAUUUCUCAGAAGGUACUCCAUACUUGAGUCUGAUUUAGCUUAAAGUCUUUAUGAAGGUUAACAUUUUUGGAUAUUUCUUAACCUAAUUGCAUUAAAAUGAGUUGUGACGGUAGUAUUGAAGUGUAAUUGAAAGAAAUUAUUAAUUUUUUUUGCGAUUGUAUUUUAAUUUAAAUGUAUUUCGGAUAUCUGUGAAUAUUAUGUAGUAAACAACUUAUCUUGAUGAUCAAGAGAGACUAAUGAAGUUCGUUUAUAUGAAUUACAAUAGUAUUUGCUUUGUAUUAACCGCUGAAUGUAGUAUUCCCCUCGUUCUGAGUGCGUAACAUUAACGGACUACUAUAUUUCAUAGACCAAAUAUACAAA